AUGAAAGACGGUUGGUAUUUGUCAGAAGGAGAAGACAACCUCAAAGCCAGUAGAGACCUCUCAACCAAAGAUGCCUAUCUUAGAGAGGGAUUAAGUCCACGUUUUGGCCAAGAUACACGCCCGCAGUUCCUCCUCAAUGCUCUACAACGUUUCAUCAAAAACUCGGAAAAGAUCAAACAAAUUCAUUCCCUUUUAACUACCAAUGGUAACCUCCUCAUCACUUCUGGAUGGACCAACACACUUCUUUACAACUGCCUCAUCAGAGCCUAUCUCAGCCUUUCCCAACCACAAACAACACUCAUUCUCUUCCGCCACAUGCUCGCUCACACUGCCCCGCCCAAUAAUCUCACUUUCCCUUCACUCAUCAAAGCGGCCGCGUCCCUCUUGCCUCCAUAUGCUUCCCUCGUGGGGCGACCCCUCCGAGCUCAAACUCAAAGAGGGGUCUCAGAUGACCCUUUUGUGCAAACUUCUUUCAUUUCUCUGUGUGCACAUUUGGGUGAUCUUGAUGGAGCACGUAAGGUGUUUGAUGAAAUUCUCCAACCGUGCGUUGUUUCAUGUAAUGCCAUGCUUGAUGCUUUUGGGAAGUGUGGGAACAUGGAUUCGGCGGUUUUGAUGUUUUCGGGAAUGUCUAGAAGAGAUGUUUUUUCCUGGACGAGCGUAAUCAGUGGCUACGCUAGGAAUGGGCGAUUUGGGGAGGCAAUGGGGAUUUUUGGGAAAAUGAUGGUGGAUGAGGACGUCAGUGUUGGGGUUUUGAAGCCUAAUGAAGCUACCUUUGUUACUGUUCUAUCUUGCUGUGCAAAUUUUGAGGGCGGUAGAGCUUUGUAUCAUGGGAAACAAAUACAUGGAUAUAUGGUCAAGAAUGAGAAUAAAUUGAGUGUUUUCAUGGGAACAGCAUUGAUCGCAUUCUAUGGAAAAAUGGGAUGUUUUAAUUAUGCUAAUAAAUUAUUUGGCAGGAUGAUGGUUAGGGAGGUUUGCACUUGGAAUGCUAUGAUUUCUUCACUUGCUUUGAAUGGUAGGGAGAAGGAUGCCUUAGAUAUGUUUAUCAGGAUGAGGACUGGAGGAUUUUGCCCAAAUGAAGUUACUUUUGUUGGUGUAUUAUCCGCAUGUGCUCGCGCCAAGCUUGUGGACUUGGGUUUGGAGUUCUUCCAUUCAAUGCAAAGACAGUUUGGCAUUGUUCCCAGGAUGGAGCACUAUGGUUGUGUGGUUGAUCUCCUGGGAAGAGCUGGAUUGCUCAGGGAAGCAUAUGAAUUUAUGGAAUGGAUGCCUUUUGAGGCUGAUGCAUCUGUUUUGGGAGCUCUUGGUGCUUGUAGAAUACAUGGAGCCACAGAUUUGGCAAAUGAAGUGGGACUGCGCCUUUGUAAGUUGCAGCCCCAACAUUGUGGGAGGUAUGUGCAAUUGUCAAGCAUUUAUGCUGGGGCAGAGAGCUGGGAUAACGCUGCUGCCCUGAGGAAACUAAUGACGGAUGCUGGAAUUCACAAGAUUCCUGCCUAUAGCACGAUUCACCAACAAUGAGAUAUUUAUGGUAACCUUGUUUCUCAAUUGCAAGGAUGACUGAAGCUCGAACCUCAAAACUUACGUGUUUUGAUACUCUCAAAAUCUUGAUAACUUGCCCUCUUCAAAUAAUCUUAAAGCUGCUUGUACGGUUGAGAGACAUCUUUAGAGCACUGCAGUAUUGCCUAAAACUGCAUUUUAGGCCCUAUUUGAAAACUUGAUUAAAUGACAUUGAAUUUCUUAAGUAAAAUUUGA